AUUAAAAAGGGUUUAAUUAAAAUUUAACGACGAUAUAAACCGCCCCAGUGUAAUUAAAGCUUCGAAAUUCAGCCCAAAACAAAAAAAUAAACAGCGAAAUCAAAUUGAAGGCUUCAAGUUCUCACGUGUUUCACCGUCACAGCUUCUUCACUCAGCUGAUUUCGUCCCUUCAAUCUUGGUUGCAGAUCACUCCUUUGUCUAAUGCUUUUUAAAUUUUGGUUGCGCAUAUGAACCGUCAUAGAGGACUUUGAGCAAUCAAAUUAUAAGUUGUUGUUUUCAGAGGCAUAUCUUACUGAAAUGGCCAAUAACCCUCAGUUUUCAGGUCUACAGCCUCUUCGGCCUCCUAUGGUUGGUUCUGUUGAUCCUCCUCGAAGUUUGCCUCCCAUGUCUUUUCAAUUCCGGCCAGUAGUUCCAGCACCACAUUCGCAGGAGUUCAUUUCUGUGGCUUCUCAAAAUUUUCAGCAUGUUGGUAGGGGUGUUCCGUUGAUGAAUGUUAGACUGCCUCCUCCAACUCACCAACCCCAGUUUUCGCAACCAAUGCAGCAGUUACCUCCAAGAUCUGGUCAGCCAGGUCAUGGUAUGCUGCCAUCACAGGCCAUUCCAUUGCCAGUUAGUCAGCCCAACAGGAACUUUGCAUCUGAAUUGCCCCUACCUCAGCCUAAUUCACAAGGUCCAAAUAACGCCAUGCCUAACUUAGGUGGCCCACGAACACCUCUCUCUUCAUCAUAUACUUUCGCACCUUCUUCUUAUGGUCAAAUGCCAAGAAGUUUUAAUGACUCCACCCAGUAUCAGUCUAUAUCUCAAUUGCAUGCACCUAAUGUUUCAUCGGAGGGACAAGUUACACCUCUGCAGUACACUGGUGAACGGCCUGCUGUAACCUCUUCCAUUGCUCCAGAAACAGGUGUACGGCCUAACUCUGCAGGAGGGACUGUGGCAGAAUGGAGAGAGCAUACAUCUGCUGAAGGAAGAAGAUUUUAUUACAACAGGAGGACAGGAUUAUCUACUUGGGAGAAGCCUUUUGAAUUGAUGACACCACUGGAGAGGGCAGAUGCAUCAACUAACUGGAAGGAAUUCACCAGUCCUGAUGGAAGAAAGUAUUACUACAACAAAGUCACAAAAGAAUCUAGAUGGAUUAUGCCUGAGGAACUGAAGUUGGCUCGAGAGCUAGUAGAAAAGGCGCCUGUGAAGGAAAUGCAACAAGAAAUGCUUGUAAAUCAUCAUGCUCCAGUCACCGUUUCUCCCCCUGUAGCUGAAGCUGAUACGCUAGUCAAUGCUGCCCAAGUAGCAUCAAGUCCUGUUUCUGUGGCACCUGUUAUUGCCACUGGUGAUGGUGAUGUUCAAACUGCUGCAGCUUCAAGAUCAUCUACCUCACCUGUUGUGGCUUCUCCUGUAAUAGAAAAUCCCAAUGGAGUUCACACACCUGUUGUUGUACCAUCUUCCACUGUGUCAAGUGUAGAAGCUGCUGUUACAAUCAACGAUACUGUUGCAGAACCAAUGGAAAGUUCGAACAAUUUAUCAGCUCAGGAUUUUGUUAGUUCUGCUGAUGGAGUUCUGGUACAGGAGAAUGAGGAAGCUAUGGAUGACGUAACAGGAAAGAAAAUGAAUGAUAUUGCAUCAGAAGAAAAACCAGUUGAUCGGGAACCCAUAAGUUAUGAAAAUAAAUUGGAGGCUAAAGAUGCAUUUAAAGCACUCCUGGAGUCUACCAAUAUUGGUUCUGAUUGGACUUGGGAUCGGGCCAUGAGGGUGAUAAUUAAUGACAAAAGAUAUGGUGCUCUGAAAACACUUGGAGAGCGGAAGCAAGCUUUUAAUGAGUUCUUGGUACAAAGGAAAAAACAAGAGGCUGAGGAAAGACGUAUCAAACAGAAAAAGGCAAGGGAAGAAUUCAAAAAAAUGUUGGAAGAAUGCUCAGAGUUAACAUCGUCCACAAGAUGGGGAAAAGUAGAGAGCAUAUUUGAACACGAUGAACGCUUCAAAGCUGUUGAACGAGAUAGAGAUCGCAGGGAUAUGUUUGAAAACUAUGUAGAGGAACUCCAAAAGAAAGAACGAGCAAAGGCAAUGGAGGAACGUAAGCACAAUAUAAUGGAAUACAGGCAAUUCUUGGAAUCUUGUGACUUCAUCAAGGCAAGCAGCCAGUGGCGAAAAGUUCAAGAUCGUUUAGAGGCUGAUGAGAGAUGUUCACGUCUUGAAAAAAUUGAUCGUUUGGAAAUUUUCCAGGAAUAUCUGCGGGAUCUAGAGAAGGAAGAGGAGGAGCAGAGGAGGAUACAGAAGGAAGAAUUGAGAAAGACAGAACGUAAAAACCGUGAUGACUUCCGCAAAUUGAUGGAAGAGCAUCUUGCUGCAGGCACUCUUACGGCUAAAUCUCACUGGCGUGAUUAUUGCAUGAAGGUUAAAGACCUACCUACAUAUCUUGCAGUUGCAUCAAACACCUCUGGUUCAACUCCGAAAGAUUUGUUUGAAGAUGUUGUUGAGGAACUACAAAAACAAUAUCAUGAGGACAAAACUCGAAUCAAGGAUGCCGUGAAGUUGGGAAAGGUCAUGCUUACAUCAACCUGGAAGCUUGAAGACUUCAAAACUGUUAUAUCAAAUGAUAUUGGCUCUCCACCCAUAUCAGAUGCCAACUUAAAGUUCCAGUCUUUGCCAGUCAAGUUGCCCGGAUAUAUGUUAGAUGAUGAACUGUGCAGUACUCUCUGGGAUGAGCUAGUUUUUGAUGAGUUAUUGGAACGAGUGAAGGAGAAGGAGGAGAAAGAAGCUAAAAAACGUAAACGUCUUGCAGAUGACUUCUCUCAUCUCUUAUCUUCUAUCAAGGAGAUAACUCCAUCUUCUAAGUGGGAGGACUACAAAUCACUUCUUGAAGGUAGUCAAGAGUGCAGUGCUAUUGGUGAAGAGAGCUUCUGCAAGGAGAUAUUUGAUAAGCAUGUAAUGCAACUGAAAGAACAAGCAAAAGAGAAAGAGAGAAAACGAAAGGAGGAAAAGGAAAAGAAGGAAAAGGAGAGAGAUGAUAGAGAAAGGAGAAGGACGAAGCAGAGAAGAGAAAAAGAGGUAGAAUAUGAAAGAGAAAGAGAGGAACGCCUUAAGAAAGAUGGUUUAGACAGUGAGAUUGCUGAUGUAAUGGACAUUCAUGAUUCCAAAGAGAAAAAGAGGUCUGGGAAAGACGAUAAUAAGAAACAUAGGAAGCGCCAUCAUAGUGAUGAAGAUCAUGCCAAUGGAAAUGAGAAUGAUCGGUCUAAAAGAUCUCAUGGAUCUAGCAGUGACCACAAGAAAUCAAGACGGCAGGCACCUGGUCAUGAAUCAGAUACCGAAAGCAGACAUAGAAGACAUAAAAGAGAUCAUCGGAAUGGUUCUCGUAGAAGUGGUGAUCACGAUGAGCUAGAAGAUGGGGAAUUUGGCGAUGUUGGGGAAAGUCGGUAGUUGUUUCAUCCUACAAAUUGCUUAUGCCCGUGUUUAAACUUUUUUUAAUGUUGCCAAAAUAUAUGUUUUCCGUAGUACAAUCUUUGAACUUCGGUAGUGGUUUCAUCCUACAAAGGAAAAUAUAUAUUUUCCUUUUCGUUUACUAAGAAUUAGCUGUAUUAUGCUGUACUGUUUCCACCUAGUUUUCCCCAUUAACAGGCUUGCUUGUAGACUACUUUUCCAACCUCUCCCUAGCCUGAGAGUUCUUGAGCAUUUUUGUUUCUUUUGCCUGCCCUUCCAUUGUUGACACAAUCAUGCAGACGUUGCUUCUAUUUCUGCUAGAGCCUUUUGUUUCUCAGGGGACUGAAAAGAAUGACUUCCAUUCUGUGGUUUUGCUCACAAAUGGGAAGUUGAAGUUGGUUUGGGGGCUUCUCUUCGACUUUCGAAGCGACGUGCUUCAAGGAAAAGAAUGUUUCUAGUGACUGAUAAACAUACGACGGAUAUUCGUAUGUUUUGUAACUCAUCCAUUGGACUGGGGAAAAGCUAGGAGACAAAAAAUUUUAUGAAUAUUAGCUAUACUCACAAAGAUGCAGGAAGCAUGAUUUCAAAGAAUACAAUUUGGGAAAAUGAUAGCUGCAACAUGUCCCAUGCAAUUAUGCUAUGCACUGCAUAGUAGUUUUGCUACUUAUUUCAACAAUGUACUAGAAGCGAAUUCUUCAUACAAUGGAUCAGAAAUUAGUCUAGUCAAUGUUAAUUCAUUGUUUUUGACUUUUUUCGGAAGAUUUUAGUAAAACCCAUUACUUAUGUUA